CCGUACGACAGUCCCCUCAAGACAUCCCUCAAAAUGCCCAGCAGCAAAGUCAAGGCCUACGAGCUCCAGUCCAAGUCGAAGACCGACUUGACCAAGCAACUUAAUGAGCUCAAGACCGAGCUUCUUUCGCUGCGCGUACAGAAGAUUCUUGGUGGCUCGGCCUCAAAACUCACCAGGAUCAACAUUGUGCGCAAGUCGAUUGCACGGGUCUUGACUGUGAUAAACCAGAAGCAACGCCAAAACCUCCGGGAAUUCUACAAGAACAAGAAAUUCCUCCCUCUUGAUCUCCGGCCAAAGAAGACACGCGCUAUCAGACGGAGACUGACCAAGCACGAGGAAUCACUGAAGACGCUUAAGCAAAAGAAGAAGGAGACACAUUUCCCCAUUCGCAAAUAUGCUGUCAAGGCAUAAGCGUGAAUGUGUUGUUGGCUGGGUGUGAGAGGGCCCGUCAUCAUGCUGGAGAUUUUUCUGUUUUUGCAUUUUUAUAUUUGUAUGCCCUACGCCUUGAUCAACUCGACAUGCAUGUUAUGCCAUGACUCCUUUCCCUGGAAGUUGAUCCAGCAUACUUUGAGACAAAUGCACCGAUUGUGGCUUAUGAUCAGUA